CGUUCGACUGCUGUUAGCUUCAGACGCUUUGUUCGUGUACUCUUUGCAACCGUUGCCGUCUUUAGAUCUCACUAUUGACCUUCUGCCCUUACACACAUUUAAGGCUCACGUAUGUUUGAACCGCUGUCGAUAUUAUUGCCGCGUUACUUCUGUUGAUAAGGGGUACUGUCACCACGCUAGCAACGUUAGCUGAUACCGUUAGCAAGGGAGGCUUCAGUCGUAGGCGACGUUUCAAAAAUAUCGGUCACAGUUGUACUGAUAGUCCAGAUGAUAUUUCAAGGGUGGCCCGCUUGUUGGUAACUUUUCUAAAUGUUUUGGCUUCGCCCGGAGUAUGACUGAUAAUCCUCUGAAUUUGUGAAUGCAUCAAAGUUUGCAUUAGUUUCAGCAAAGUUGAUCACCAUGUCCAACCAGCUGACUGUGGAGCAGCAACGGAAGAUUGAGGAAAACAGGCGGAGGGCCAUGGAGAGAAGAGCUCAAAGACAAGGACAGACCAGCAGCAGCAACACCCAGACGUCAGCCGGCUUCAGCGGCGCUUCGGGGCCGGUGCAGCCCUCCAGACAGAGCGGUGCCUCGGAUCAUGCUGCUCGUCACAGACCCCCACACGCACUCAGCUCAGCUUCUGCACGGGAACAGUCGGCGUCACCCUUCAAAACAGACUCGACGAGCUUCAAUGACGUCAAGCAAGGCCACAAGCAUCAGCAGCCAUCGAGCACCUGCAACCAACUCAAGCAGAGCACGAAAACACAGAUACAAGUCAUCGACCCACUUCCUCAGGCCAGAGGUCAACAUGUGAGCGGUCCUGUUUUGUCUAUUGGAGCUAGCUCUGGUGUGAAGCCAGCUCAUCCCAAACCCAACGUCCCCUCCAACAGCCCUGGUGGUGCAGUUCAUUCAUUCUACAAGCAAACUAGUAAACCUGCCCAAAGCUCUGUGGCUCAGCUUCCCUGCGAUGUGUCAACUUUCAAUGCUGUACCUGCUAAAAAGGCUGCCAUCGCUAUCAGAGGAAAAUGUGUACCUCACAGAGAGGGCCGCUUCAGGAUAGAAGUGGGCUACCACGCAGGGUUGAUUGCUGUUUUCAAAUCCAUCUCCUCAAAGAACUAUGACCCUGCCACAAAGAUGUGGAACUUCAGUCUGGAGGACUAUCAACCACUAAUGAAGGAAGCGGCUGCUAUUGCCUCUGUGUCGCUGAGGCCUCUGGAGGGAAUGGAGGCAGUGGACGUUGCAGAAGCCGCCAACCGAGCUUGCGACGACGGCGUGGCACUGGGGGCACUGCUGAAGCUGUGUCACGGCUGGCAGAAACCUGGAGCCAGUCUGCAGGGCCAGUGCGUCAUGGUGUCUCCGACAACGUUUGAAGUUGACAUCGGUUACAACGUCGAUGUCAUCGCAGCAUUCAAGCAGAUGCCAACGAAGAGCUAUGACAUGAACACAAGAAAGUGGAGCUUUGCACUGAGCGAUUACAAGAGACUUUUGGAUCUCGUCAGUGGGAUAGCAGCAGUGGAGGUGGAGCCUCUGCCCAGGGCAAUAGUCCAGGCUUUCUCUGCCAGGUUUGACGGGACUGACGCCAGGUCUUUAGACGUCCCUGAGGCAGACCUCUCCAGCAUCGACCCCUCGCUCACCUGCAGCCUCAUGCCCUUCCAGAGGGACGGAGUAAAUUUUGCAGUGUCUAAGCAAGGCCGCCUCCUCCUGGCUGAUGACAUGGGCCUGGGAAAGACUGUGCAGGCGAUCUGUAUUGCAGCCUACUACAGGAAUGAGUGGCCCUUGCUCGUGGUGGCUCCCAGCUCUGUACGAUUCACCUGGGCCGAGGCCUUCAGACGCUGGCUCCCCUCUCUGAGUCCUGACAGCAUCAACGUGGUGGUGAAGGCCAAAGACGAUCUGCGGUCUGGUUUGGUCAACAUCACCAGCUACGACCUGCUGAGCAGGAUGGACAAGCUGCAGCAGGCAACUCCCUUCAAUGUUCUCAUCAUGGAUGAGUGUCACUUCAUGAAGAACAUGAAGACUGCUCGUUGUAAAGCAGCUUUACCUUUGCUAAAGGCAGCGAAGAGAGUGGUUCUUCUGUCUGGGACCCCUGCCAUGUCCAGACCCUCUGAGCUCUACACCCAGAUUCUGGCUAUCAGACCGACACUCUUCCCUCGCUUCCAUGAGUUUGGGAUGCGCUACUGCAAUGCCACACAGUCGACUUGGGGGUGGGACUACUCUGGCUCGUCUAACCUCGGAGAGUUGAGGUUGCUCCUUGACGAGUCUCUGAUGUUGCGCCGCCUCAAGUGCGAUGUCCUCUCCCAGCUUCCUGCUAAACAACGCAAGGUUGUCACAGUGACCAUAGAUGGUGUCAACGCCCGCAUAAAAGCUGCUCUGUCUGCUGCUGCCAAGCAGUUGGCCAAUGUACACAGCAAUAAAAUGCAAGAUAAAAAAGCCCUCCUCGUCUUUUAUAACCACACAGCUGAAGCCAAGCUACAAGCCAUUAUGGAGUACAUCACGGACAUGCUUGAGUGUGGGAGGGAGAAGUUUCUCGUGUUCGCCCAUCAUAAAUUGGUCCUGGAUCAUAUCACCACCGAACUGGACAAAAUGAACGUCUGUCACAUCCGUAUUGAUGGAUCCACUCCUUCAGCUGAACGGCAGAAGUUGUGUGAGAAGUUCCAGUUCUUGACCAAGUCCUGUGUGGCUGUACUGUCCAUCACCGCCGCUAACAUGGGUCUCACCCUGCACGCUGCUGACCUGGUGAUCUUCGCAGAGCUUUUCUGGAACCCCGGGAUUCUGGUUCAGGCGGAGGAUCGGGUGCACCGUAUUGGACAAACCAGCAAUGUGAACAUUCACUACCUGGUUGCCAAGGGAACUGCUGAUGAUCAUUUGUGGCCAAUGAUCCAAGAAAAAAUGAAGAUCUUGGAGCAAGUGGGCCUCUCUGAGUCCAACCUCUCAGAGAAAGCUGUGAACGUCAGCUUCCACUCUAAGGACCCUAACCAGAGGAGCAUCAUGGAGAUGUUCCAGAGGUCUUUCACUGCAGACGACGACAUGGACGAAGACAUUUUACUGGAGGCUGUCAACGACUGGGAGGACACGCCCCCCGAAAAGAGUUCCGGUCCACAACACGGCGCGGCCGGACGAAGCCUCAGCAAAAGCAGCACCAGAGAUGAUUUCAGCAGAUGACCUGGACACUGUUCAUGUUGACCAAUUAUAUUUGACUCUGUUUUGCUGAUUGGAACAAGUCCCAUUUUUUACUUCAUCAUGAUGACCGGUGUGAAUUUAUUUUGUUUGAGAAAAGUUAGCAAAUCCAUCAGUGAAUUUAAAUCGAUGUAAAAUAUGAAUCUAACAAACCUAAAUAUAUUUUUGAGAUGAGAAAAGUAAAUAAAUAAAUGUCUGACUGAA